AUGGCUCCAAUACCAGAUAGUUCCGAUGUUGAGAUGGAAACAGAGGAAUAUCUCAACAGGAUUCUACUCAGUGAAGAUGAACUCCUACGUUCAUCUUCUGACGAUCGAGAUGUAACCGCGGUCAGACUGCAAACUGACCAAGGAACAUUCUGGAUUGCGUCGGCAUAUCUCGGCCAUGACCAACUCGGCCCUCUCCCUGGCGAAAAACUACGGAGACUUGUAGCCGAUGCUGAAAGACAAAAGAUCUGCCUCAUAAUUGGUUGCGAUGCAAACGCCCAUCACACGGUCUGGGGAAGUACCGACAUAAAUGAUAGAGUAAGUAAUACUGGCAAUGAACCAACAUUCGUUACCAGAAACCGACAAGAAGUACUAGACAUUACUCUUGUCUCCGAUUCGAUUCAUCAAAGGAUCUUAAAUUGGAAAGUAUCUGAAGAACACUCGUUCUCUGAUCAUAGAUACAUCCAAUUUAGUCUUAACGAUGUGACUACUAAACAGUUAGCAUUCCGAAACUAUCGCAAAACUAACUGGCAAAAAUACAGGGAAACUCUGACAAGCUUACUUAAACCUGAACUUCUAAGUUAUCCCUCAAAUACAAUCGAUCUCGACAACAAAGUCAAUGAUCUCACUUCUGCCCUCAACCUAUCAAUGAAUAACUCCUGCCCACUCAUACAAUAUCAAUGUUAG